AGCAGCAGCAGCAGUCGCCACGCCACCAACAUCUGUUAUGGGCAUGUCACAUGUCGACACGAUGCGAGCGCUCGAUCUUCUCGGCAUUGUCAAGUCAAAGAUCCAGGUGAAGCCUCAGCCAGAGCAGCUUGAACACGUGCCACACCUCACCAAGUGGGACACGCGCAAGCUGAGAACGUACUAUACUGGAGUGGUCGACAUCCUAUACGUCGGUGUGCAGUGUGCAUCGUGCGGCAUGCGCUUCCGAGCAGUCCAGAACCAGCAGUAUGCCGAGCACCUCGACUGGCAUUUUCGACAGAAUCGCAAGGACAAGGACCUACUGAAGAGGGCAACAUCGCGAAAGUGGUACUACGACCUGGAGGACUGGAUACAGUACGAGGAAAUAGAAGACCUGGAAGCGCGGCGAAGCCACUUCUUUGAGCAGCAGAUGGAGGAGGCAGCAGCACAGAGGCACGCUUACCGCAGCCAGACGACGGAGCCCAUCUCCUGCAUAACCGCCAGCCCAUCUGGAAACAACCACUGUGAGAUCUGCCGCGAGGAGUUUGAACAGUUUUGGGAUGAGGAUGAAGAGGAAUGGAAGCUAAAGAAUGCAAUCAGAGUGGACGGGAAGGCCUACCAUCCGGGUUGUUAUGAUGAUGGUCGCAGGAGCUCAGCCUUGGACGAGGCAUCAGCAGAUGAUCAGGGGCCAUCUACGGUUGAUGCAGGGUCUAUAAAGCAGGAGGGUGGUGCCCCUGAAAAGGCUGCUCUCCAAUCCCCUCCCGAACUGCCAAAAUUCACUCCCCUGUCAACCGCUUCGGUUGAAAUACCUGGCAUCUCCAUUAUGGAGGAGGGAGAGGGAGAAGGGGAGGAGUCUGCAGGGGUUGCAGUCAAACCUGAGCCAAUGGACGCUGAGACAGCUGAGGUAUUGACGGCAGUGAAGCAAGAGCCAGAAGCGUCCAUGCAGCAGGAAGACAUGCACAGCAGAGUUGCUGAGAAACUUGAAGCUGUGUGCAGCAGCGGUGAUGUGCAGCACCAUGUUGUGCAGCACGAUGUUGUGCAGCACGAUGUUGUGCAGCACGGUGUUGCUGCGCAUCGUGCCGGCGCAGUUGCACACGAACCUGCGGUAGUGGUAAAACCAGAAACAGAACCUACUACGACAGCUGUACAGGGGUCUGCACUAGUGGUAAAGCCGGAACCUGGCACAGCAGUUGUGCAGGAGUCUGCAGUAGUAGUGAAAUCUGAAACGGAACAUGCGGUAGUCGUGCAGGAAUUGGCAGUAUUGGUAAAUGCGGAAGCUGAACCUGCCACGAUAAUGGUACAGCCGUCCGUGCUUGUGUCAAAAGCUGAACCUGCUGAGAUUGUCUCGCAGGAAUUUCUGGUAGCAGUAAAACCUGAAGUGAAAAUUGAUGACAAGUUCGCGCACAAUUCCUCCGCACCGGUGGUCGAACCACAACACGAACUUGCGGCUCCACCAGCACCACCUGCUGUCGUGAAGGAAGAACCGAAUUCGGACCAGGAGGAGGAGGGAGAUGUGGACAUGGAGGAGCCUGGUCGACCGGGAGGGUCCCUCUCUCCUGCUGCAGCUGUUAAUGCGGUGGAGGAGCCAGCGACGAACAAGGACGGGGUGUCUGUGGAGCUAUCCCCAGGAACGCCUGUAAGGGACGAGCAGCCUCCGAGCAGCGCGACACCCAUCCGCGACGAACCAAUGGACGUGCUUGUCGAUCUCGUGAUUCCUGUUGCCGAGGCAACGGAAGAGUUGCCAGGCGAGGCCGUACCCAGAACGUAGCCGCUAGGUGGCGUUGUCGUGCAUCCUGGCAACUUUUCUGUGAUAGGUUACAUGUUUCUUGACGGAAGCUGUUGCUUGGUGAAUAUGGGUAAAUAGACGCGAAUAUCGAUAGCAGUUAUGUUUCACUCGGUUCGAUUUGUGAUGCCGAUGACAAUAUUAAUAUAGGUUACAUCAUUGUGGUUUUUGGUGCUGGAUUCCUAAUGCGAUUAUAACGUUUAUACACUGCAUUUGACAUUGUGUGGCCUUGUUAUUGUAUGGUGUGGUGUUUUGUGUGGUGUGUUAUACUCUACCUAGCUAUAGCGUUUUGCACAGACCGUGAAGUCUGUCUGCUCAUUCAUUAUACGUCGGAAAUACGUGGGUAACUGAAUUCAGCCAUGCAUGAAUGAAGUGUGUAUUGAUUUCAGUCAGUGUUAUUGUACUAGAUAUGUGUCGUAGUGCUUUGUAACACUAGUAGGUGGUAUUUGGUUGUUGGUUUAUUCCUAGUUCCUAAAACCUCCCGCCGAACCCAAUCGUCUUAAAACCCAGGUUUAUUGGCGCUAGAUGGCGCUGAUUUUAAUCAACAAUAGCCUUCAAUGGGGGUGCUUAAAUGGUGCAUCCGGCGUUGAAGUCCUAAGAUAAUUAUUUACGUGCCAGUUGACGAGACGGUGAUGACAAUGACGUUAGCGACGACGAUGACACUAUAUCAGUUUUGUUCAAUUUUGUAGCGAAUGCUAGGACAUAUAUAUAUAUAUAUAAGAAUGUAACGAGAAAAAGACAAAAGGCCAUUAAAAGGUUUUACUCAUUGUUAGAUGUCUUGCUGACGUCUGCCUCUCUAUGAGAUAAUGAGCAUUAAAAAAAGCUUUACAACUUCGUUCUUUUUUUUCUAUGUUCUUUUUGUUGGGUAUAUUUGCGCUAAAUAACGUGCCGGUUUUAUGUAAAGUCACUUCGCUGUGUAAUAUCGCCGACAGGUGGCGUGCAGUGUCGCGGGUUAUGUUGAAUUCGCCUUUUUGAGCAGUUGCAUGUAAUGCGUUUACAGUAUUGAUAUCAGGUGAUUGAUAUGUUGUGUUCCAACGUGCACAAAUCUCUCCCGUUUAAAACAAUGGCAUAUAGGGUUCAUGAAGUCCUCGUUUGAGUUUAUUUGAUUUGCAAAAUAUGAAUAGGAAAUGUAGGAAAUGCUAGCUUAUACAUACACACACAUAUAUAUCAAGAUAUAAUAUGAUUAUAUAUGUUGUAUAACUGGUGUUAUCAUAGUAAAUUUUAUCAGAUGCAUUAACAUGGGAACUGCGUGAAAUUAACAUCGAGUGCGUUUGAAGAGAGUGGUCUUUUACCUGCAGAUUCCAGUUCGAGCCCUAAUACUAAUAGUGGCAGUGAAUUCACAUUGCUCCGAUUGUGUGGUGAGCGUGCUGGUCUGCUGGUGCAGCUUUAUAAUAAAGCGAUGAGAUGCGAGUUUGUUAAACAUCUUA